ACAACGUUACCCCUCGAGUUGGAGCUGGAGGAGGACCUGGAAAGCGAGAUCCAACACUUCGCCAAGCUCAGCCGCACACGCAACUACGCCAAAGCCCAUGAAUUCUUCAACCACGCUCUGAGAAGGCAUAUUGGCUUUUUCCCUGUUGUUGUGGAGUAUGCGGAUAUGCUUCGCGAGCAAGGGUGCUACAGACUGCUGUCGGAGUUUCUGGAAGAGCGCAUCGGCGCAAUGCAAGACACAUUGGAGGAGGAUGAGAUGCAGCUUCUUCGGCUACUGAAGGCUUUGGCUGAUGUUUACUAUAGAGGGACACUCAGAUUAGCUCUUAGGGAAGCCAGGAGCGCAUGGAGACUUCUAGAG